GAGAACAGGACCGAUAAUAAAACGGUGUCAACGGCGGAGUAAUGGCUCUGCUGGUCGCAGCCGGUCAGGAGUGCGGGUAAAGUUGUCCGUAGCUACCUGUGAAACAGUUAAAAAGUGACUUCCUUUAACACUUCGUUGUCUCAAAAGAAGUCUUUACCGACAGAAGUCACACAAGCAGCCGGACUGCGCUGACACACUGACAGCUGGAGAAAGUAAACAGAUCAAUGCUAACCAGCUAACUGCGGCUAGCCACGAGCUAACUGCGGCUAGCUACGCUGCUAGCCUGAGCUAAUGCUAACGUUAGCCGGCUAACCUGUGAGUGGUGGUGUUGUUUUUGGUGACGUUAACUUGCAUAAUAAUAUUUUUGUCAAACUUCACUCGACAACGGAUUCGCACUCAACGGAACUUUUCCAUUCAUGUUGUUUUUGGAGGACGAGAUUAUCAAAGCACCACUUCUUCUGAAUCCACGCGUGUCGUCCCAGCUGAGACGGUGACAUCACCGGUCCUCGCCCACCCCCCCACGCAGAGAGGUGCCAACAGAAAGACAGGAUGCCUGCUCCUCCCCCACCCCCUCCUCCCCCAGGACCCCCGCCUCCCCCCACCUUCAGUCAGGCGAACACGACUCCUCCCAAACUGGGCUCAUCGGAGACUAAAGACAGAGGUGCGCUGCUGUCGGACAUCUGCAAAGGCACCAGGCUGAAGAAAGUGGCCGUGGUCAACGACCGGAGCACGCCGAUUAUAGAGAAAGGUGGAGGAGGUGGUGGCGGAGGUGGUGGCGGUGGUGGUGGAGGUGGUGGUUUUGGAGGCGGUGGGCCAAUGGCAAUGGGAGGCCUUUUCCAAGGAGGUGUGCCAAAAUUACGCCCAGUUACAGAUGGUUCAGCCGGCGGCUCGGUGGGCAGGUCCGCCCUGCGGCCCCCAGGGUCCCGCGCCGCCGCCCCUCGCCCCCCCACAGGCCGCUCCUCCUCGCCCUCUCCGCCCAACAAGCCCUCUCCACCGGAGCACCAGCGCCCACACCGCCCCUCGCUGCCCGACAUCUCCCGCCCCUCCAACAGCAGCAGCAGCAACAGCAGCUCCUCCACAGGCGGAGGGAUGAAGCACAGCACCUCCGCCCCGCCGCCUCCUCCACCCUUCAACAGAGGAGGCCGCAGCAACGCUCCGCCGACCCCCAACCAGAAAGCACACGCUCCGCCCUCCUCAUCCUCCUCUCACAGCAGAGAAAAGCCCCUCCCACCGACGCCCAGCAGAGGCCACACCCCUCCCAGCUCUGCGAGGCCGCUUCCGUCUUCCAGCAGGCCGCCGACCGGUGGCUCUUCAGCUCCUCCGCCUCCUCCGCCGUACAGGCCGCACACGUCGGGCGGCGUCUCCAACGGGCCGUCCCACGUGGAUGGCGGAAGGGCUCCGCAGCUGCCGCAGAGGCACAACUCUCUACACAGAAAACACAUGUCGGGAGGCGGCAGCCAAGGACGCAGCCACGCUCCUCCACCUCCUCCCUCACCGUCUCCAUCCUCAGCCUCCCAGCAGGCCGGCAGACCGCCGCCACCCGCCAGAGAGCCACCUGGGCGCCGAACAGCUCCCCAGGUGCCCCCCUCUGGAUCUCGUAAUAACGGCGGUCGUGACGCCCCUCCCCCUCCUCCUCCGUACCGCGUCCACAGCUCUGCGGCCUCAGAGGCACACAGCCGGGUGGGCAAACCUCCUCCACCUCCCUCCUCUUCCUCCUCCAUCUCAUCUUCAUCCUCCUCCCGAACCCCGGCUGGACCCCCUCCACCGCCCCCGCCCAUCCGGAACGGCCACUCCUCCAUCUCCUCCUCCAAGUUCAUCAUAGGUGAGUCGGGCGUCGUCACCUUCCUCCUCCUCCAUUCGUGGUUUCACCAACGUCAAGCCGGUCUUUAAGUACAUUUAUGAGCAACGUUUCCAUCCAAAAGGAGCACAAAGUUUAUCUGCAUCAGAAGAACGUAGGCGGUGUCUGGUUCGUCCACUACUGUGAAUAUAUGGAGUUGGUUGGUUGGUGCUAAUUCUUCAGUCUGGUGAUGUUCUACCGUUGUAGAAUAAAAGAUGACGACCAGAUGACGUAAUUAAAAGAGAGCCAGACAAAACCACAAAUAAUGAGAACUAAACAAUUGUGUAAAUAUGUUGUUUAUUGUCACAAGGUGUGAUUAUUGUCUACGUAUGUUUCUUUUGCACUUUCUCACACUUUGCUUUAAUUUUGCUAAUUUAGCUGCUUCCUCUUCCUCUGUGGUAUUAGUAGAGUUGUUUAAUUGAAGAAUAGCUGCUAACGAAGCUCCGCUAAUUCUAUGAUGGACACGUUUUCCUGUUAAUUCUUUCACAAUAAAAGUCCUUUUGUUCUUUAAAAAGCAUUUUAGCAGCAAAAUUAGGAAACUAAAUUUCUAGGAAAUGUACAGACGUGACAAAAACUAAUGUAACCACGGCCUUAGUCUUUUAAAACCAAUAUUAUAUUAAUAUCCACAUUUAAAUACUUAACAGUGUUAAAUUAAAUGAGCUAAAGAGGAAACUAUAUGCCCACAUUCAUGGUGGUAGAGUGUGGCACUUCUUCUUAAAUUGGGAAGUUUUAGUGCUUUGCUUUGCACCUCUAUCAAGUUAAAAAUCAAAGCAGCCGAGAGCUGAUUUCUAGUCUCUAGUAUGAGUCAAGCUUAAAAAACACAGGAUCCUACAUCUCCCAUAAUGCAACGCGGCAUCUUGAGUUGCAUUAUGGGCUGUGGCUCCAACAAACCGCUG